UAUAUUUAUCAGUAUUAUAUUCAUAAUUACUGUGGUCGUGAAUAGGGAAGGGCUAGUGAUUAAAAGGUUACAAACAAAGCUGAACAAAAACUUUUAUAAAUAUAGCCAGCAGAACGCAAGCCCUUUGGACGUGGCCGUCCAUCCCCUUCCAUCCAUACACCUCUCUCCCAUUUAUAGAAUAAUUUUUUUGAAACUAAAAGUUUUUGUUUGAGUUUGCACGUUACCCAAAAUCGGAUAACUGUAUAUACAUACCUGGGAUAUCUGCUGAUGUGAAUGCUCAAUCAUUACCUAUAGAAAUAUGUUCAACACACUCGUCAAUAACACUGCUGUAAAAAAAAUAUAUAGGCCAGCUGAGAUAUAAUUAAUAAAGGUUGGAGACUGCACUUAAGACUAUGGAGCCUGAUGAAAUUUUAAUGAAACGCGUUUUUCUGAGGGCUGGUUUUGUAAUUGGUGUAUGAAUAAUCACUAUUAGCAAGUGACUAUUAAGGCUAGCAUGGCGCACGAUGGGGUGAUGUUGCCAAAAGCAUAUUCAGGCCGCCUGUCUCUAGAGUGCUGAUGAUUGCACAUUUUACAGUGUGCUCAUUUGAGGCUGAAUAUACCCAAUACGAGUUCUGAUAUUAUCUGCUGCUGAUUUUAGACGUGCCCGGGAAUCAAAGUCUGUUUGCCAGGUUAAUGGUGAAAUGCACUUUCCACUGUACCACCACUCACCAGAAUGUUAAUAACCUACAAACAUAUCAGCCAGCCGCAUCACGGUAGCAGACACACACUCUGAAUGUGAGGAAUGUCAAUAUUUGACUGUACCAUGAGUACUGCUGCUGGAGAUAAAGAUGGGUGGUCUGUCACUCCAUGUUCACAGUUUGAGGACUGUGGUACGCAGAAGUUGCUGGGUCUGGCAGACGUGAGAGUCGUUGGCGAGGAGCGGAGACAUCAGAUGCAUGAGCAGUGAUGAUGAGUGACUCAUUCAGCCCCUUCUGACAAGCAAGCCAGGAUCAGGACUCAAGUCAACUUUUGGUGCACCCUACGACUUGAGCUGUGCGUUCACUCUGCUGACUGCCCUACAACACAGAACGACAAGAUGGGGCUGCUGGCUGAUGAUGUCGCAACUUCGCCAGAAUGGAAAUCCUUGAUAAUGAGUCAAAUGCUGAUCAGCCUGGCCCUGAUCUGUAUGGUGUUCCUAACCGUACGGGCUGCCCUGCAAGUGGUGGGGUCAACAAUCUGCCCAGUGGGCUUCUCUCCUGGUCCUAAACCAUUACCGCUGCUGGGGAACAUCACUGCCUUUAGUUGUAAGAAUCCCCACAUUGGCAUGCAAGAAUUGGCCAAAAAAUAUGGAGAAGUCUGUACCAUAAUGUUGGGGAGUACGCCUGUUGUGUUGGUGAGCGGCUACCAGGCAGUCAAAGAGGUCCUGGUGAAUCGAGGUCAUGAGUUUGCUGACCGACCAAUAACUCCCCUUUUUACUAAACUCACUCACAACAUUGGUAUCGCAUUAGCACCCUAUGGAGACACAUGGAAGCAGCAGCGUGGAUUUGCUUUGUCAACAUUGCGCAAUUUUGGCUUCGGAAAGGCAACAAUAACUGACAAAAUAUCGAUAGAAGCGAGGUACCUAAUAGAGACUUUCAAACAGGAAACCUCAGAAUUUGACCCUAAAUUUAUUUUAAACAGUGCUGUGGGCAACAUUAUUUGCUCCCUCCUGAAUGGGAUCCGAUAUGAUUAUAACAAUGAGCAGUUCCAAAAGCUUACGCACCUCCUUGAGCAUCUGGUGCAGUUACAAGCAGAGCCGCUGGUAAUACUGUGCAAUGUAUUCCCAUUUCUGCUAAAGUUGCCUGGGCCAUGGCAGAAAGUAUUCCAUAUUCACACAAAGUUGCAAUGCUUGCUCAAGGAUAUAGUAUCUGAGCACCGUGCCACAAAAGAUCAACACAACCCCAGGGACCUGAUUGACUCAUAUCUAGCUCAUAUUGAUAAGGAGAAGGACAAUCCCAACAGGAGCUUUACUGACCAGACCCUCAUUCUGUUAUUGAUAGAACUUUUCAUUGGUGGCAUGGAGACUACCUCCAACACACUAUGCUGGGGCCUCCUCUUCAUGAUGAUGAACCCCGACAUUCAAGCCCGAUGUCAUGAGGAGAUUGACAAAGUUGUGGGAUCCGAGCGACCGCCAUGUAUGAAGGACAGACGCAGCCUGCCCUACUUGGAUGCUGUGAUCCAUGAGAUACAGCGCUUUGGAAACAUUCUUCCAAUUGGAGUUUUGCACCCUACAUCUAAAGAUGUGCAGUUCAACGAAUAUGUGUUUCCAAAGGGAACCCAUGUAAUGGUAAACCUCAUGUCUGCUUUUUACGAUGACAUCCACUGGAAAACACCACAUAAGUUUAAUCCUGAUAAUUUCCUUGAUAAAGAUGGCCAGUGUAUCAAAUCGGAUGCUUUCCUGCCAUUCCCUGCUGGUCCCUGUGUCUGUUUCGGGGAAAGUUUAGCCAAGAUGGAGCUUUUCCUUUUCUUCACAUCUCUCUUGCAGCACUUUGAAUUUUACUGGCCCAACUCUGCCUCUCCUCCCACUUUAGCUGCCAAAUUCAGGACCACUUUAUCGCCACACCCCUAUAAAUUAGGAUUACGCAUGCGCAACUCACCGUAGCUAAGACAAGAUUACGACCCAUAGACGUCUUCAUGUGUAAAACUAAACACCUUUUGUCCUGGCUUUGUACGGACUUUUUUGCAAAUCAUGGCAAUUGUCAUUAGGCCAAGGUCCAUAGCUAAAUAUUGUAAUGCCCAGUAUCAGGAACAGUCAAUUCAAAUUUAAAUGAUUGCAAUUAAUGAAAGUGAUAUGCAAUAUAAUCCUUUGCUUCAAUAAAUAUACGUAUUUUAGAACUUU